AUGGGAAAGAAACCAAAAAAUAGAGCGUUUCCAAGAGGCCCUAAACAUGAAUCCAAAGUUGUGGGGCCCGAAAAAAAAGAGGAACGACGACAGACCAACACAUUUCACGUACUCGCCCAGUACGUGUGCGCCCCCUCUUGAUGGGCGUAAUUAAUAAAUCUAAGGCAAGCGAGUUGGCACUAUUUUUAACGGAUAAUUGCAGCAAUUUUACAGACGAACACUAGAAAAAGGAGUACAACACAGAAGCAUAAAGAAAUCUAUGUAAAGACAAUUUAUUUCAGCCUCAAAGUCCGUGAUCUUCUCCAUGCGGUGGGAAAGAAGUGCGGAGUGGACCCAGAAGUCAUCGACAACAUGGACCUGGAGAACAUCGUGGAGAGAGCUGUGGCCAUCCAAGAAGGGAAAGAACCCCCUCCAGAUCUGAAUGAUGAAGGAGAUCCGCCUUCCGAUCCCCUCAAAGAUAUAAAUGAUAACGAGGCAAGUCCAGACAUCGAGGCUCAGCCCUUGAUGGAACAGGUUAGUACUCCCGACCUGGUCAUUCUCGAACCAGUCUGCGAGAUCAUCGACAAUUCGCUGGACCGAACUCCAUCCAUCGAAUUGACAGACCCCGAGGUUAGUAAUAGUGCUAGUAACAGUGUAACAUUACUAACACUGUUUUUGAUGUAGUGACAAGUGAAUCCCCGAUAACGAACCCCUAUCCCGAUUGUGAACAUAUAUCAAAGUCGUGUUACCAAUGAGUAACUUUAAAAUUUACUUUCAGCCUCCAUUUUUCGACAUCUGUAAUUUCAUCGCGAUUGAUGUGGAACUCCCAGAAGACAGUUCCGGCGAAAAGACCGUCGAUUGGCUGGAGCCAGUCCAAGUGACCCGCCCAAUCACCGAGACAGUGGCUGUUGCAGAAGACAUCGCCAUGCCCGAUGAAGUGGAACAACCCCCGCCAAUUGUAGUCCUUUCCGAUGACGAAACAAUCAUCACAAAACCAGAUGAACCAAAGAAAUUUGAAGAGAAGAAACAAAAAUAUGGAAGAGAUGCCAAGAAGUUACAUGAAACAUACCAAGAAGAAUGGGACCGACUAGAAAGAUUGGGACAGAAACGGCUGGGAUCUCGGAGGCGGUCUGUUUUGGCCGACGAUCCCCCAUCUGCCGGGUCUUCUAGACGAUCUAGUCCGGUGAGAAGUUCCACCCCAAGUAUCCGAAGCAGUGCCAGGAACAGUCCAGUCAGAUCUGGCCCCAGUCCAAGCCCAUCAACUCCAAAGGUCCGAACCCAGCCAUCUCUUGCUACAGCAGCCAAAGUAGCGAUGUUGGCAGCUAGGUUCAACAAAGGAAAUGGAGAUAACAAACUAAAAUCAGGACCGGGUCCAGCCCGAGGGGCAGUCCAAGCAGCGAAAGAGGCGUUGGAGAGAAGAUCUAGUCACACUCCAGCUGUAUCCCCAUUGCCUGUAAAGAAGAGGUUUAAAUAA